UUCAGCGGUCGCGUCGUGCGGUUAAAGUCGCUCUAUUUAAAAAAUAGCCCAAACUUGAAUUCAAUUGUUUAGGCAAAGCAUUUAAGUUAAAGAGACAUGCGCUUGCUGCUCCUCCUGCUGCCCCUGGUGGCCCUCGUCCGCGGUGAUGACUACUGCUUCGCCCAGGACACCUCGCGCCUGCAGACACGCCAGUUCUCCUCGAAGACCGCCUACCAGAUCGUCAAGGGCAGCGACAUUGAUCGGCAGUAUCUGGUGCCCGGCUGCGAGCCCAAGAAGAUGUGGAUCUUCCAUCGUCAUGGAACCCGGCUGCCCAAGAAGAGCAUGAUCAACAAUGCAGCCCGUGCGGCGGAGCUCCGUGAUCUCAUCGUGAACAACUACAAGGUGGCCAAGACCAAGCCGGAUACGGAUGCGCUGUGCAGCACGGACUUGUUAGCCCUCCAGAUGUGGAGGUGGAAUGCCAGCAUUACACCCGACCAGGAGGAGUAUCUAACCAGCCAGGGAUACGAUGAUCUCCGAGGCACGGCCAAGCUGUACCAGCGAUACUAUCCCGGCGUUCUGCCCAAGGAGUACAACGAUACCUACUAUCAGUUCCGUCACACCGAUACCCAGCGCACCAGGGAAAGCUUCAGGGCCUUCACCGAGGGUCUUUUCGGUACUGUCAAUGCUGCCCAUCCUGUUGAGAUUCCCAAGGAGGAUCUGCUCCUGCGUCCCUAUGACUACUGCCAGUCGUACAAGGAUCUGAACUACAAGGGUGAGGGAUCCGAGUACGAGAAGUAUCACAAGGCCAGCCUGUGGACGAACACCCUCAAGGACAUCUCCACUCGAUUGGGCUUCCAGUACACUUUGGAGGAGGAGGACAUCAAGCUGAUGUACGACAUGUGCCGCUAUGAGCAGGCCUGGCAGGUGGACAGGAGCAGCGCCUGGUGCACCGCCUUCCUGCCCGAGCAAGUGUCCGUGUUCGAGUAUGCCGAGGAUCUGAAGUACUACUGGGGAUCCGGCUAUGGCUUCCCGGAAACCGGACGCCUCAAUUGUCGUUUGGUGCAGGAUCUGCUGACGCACUUGAGCAACCCAGUUUCGCCCCAUGUGGUUGCCCAUUUCGGCCACUCCACGGGUCUGCUGACCCUGCUCACGGCGCUGGGCAUGAGGAAAGAUGACAUUCCGCUGCGGGCGGAUAACUCCGACAGCAUGAGCAGCCGCCGCUGGAAGAGCAGCCUGAUCGAUCCCUUUGCCGGCAACUUCGUGGCGGUGAAGUACGACUGUCCUGCGGAAUUGGACCGAGAAAAGGUGGUCUUCUUCCUCAACCAGGAUGCAGUGCAGCUGGACUGGUGCAGCGUUGGCCUGUGCAAAUGGUCUGAUGUCCUCGAGAAAUACAAGACCAUCUCGGAGGCGGACUGCGGCGACUACUACUGCCGGACGGGCGGUGCUCCGUCCCUGGGUUCCGGUCUUCCCGGACUGCUGGCCACCGCGCUCGCCGCCAUUCUCGUCUACUUAAUGCACUAACUUCCGCAUCAGUUUAGCCUAAGUCUUAAUUUGUAAUGUACAAAGUUCGUACCAAAAGGAGGCGGCAGCAAGUUGCCUGCGGAUGUCAGUCAAGUAUUUUUCGAUAUAGAUUUUCUACUUUUAAUGCAGCAAAAACCUUAAACUCCUCACAACGUCGAAAGAAGCACAUACACAUACACUCACUCAGUCCGACACCGAAAUUUUUAACUUUAUGACCUUUUUCUAAACGCUUAACGAACGUUGACAGUGCUACAGUCAGAAAUAGCUUUAUAUUAAUAAAACCACAGUAUAAUAAUUGA